AUGGAAGCUCAAAGUGCUGGUGCAGACAGUGGGAAGACCCCACUUGCAGUAGAUAUGGCAGCUCAAAGUGAUGGUGCAGACAGUGUGAUGGCCCCACUUGCAGUAGAUAUGGCAGCUCAAAAUGCUGAUGCAGACAGUGCAAAAGACCCACUUGCAGUAGAUAUGACAGCUCAAAAUGCUGUUGCAGACGGUGGGGAUAGCCCACUUGCAGUAGAUAUGGCAGCUCAAAGUGCUGGUGCAGACAGUGGGAAAUCUGAACACAUGUUGGAAGAGAGUAUGGAUUCUUCUGACCAAUUUUCAGAGAGUGUAAAUUCAUGUGCUGAAUUUACACAGAGUACAGAUAAAGACAGUGGUAAUUCAUCUGUAGAAAGUGUUUCACAUACUGAUGUAUCUGCCAAGGCGUUUGAAGAUAUAAGUCUAUCUUCUUCAAAAACAUCUCUCCAAAGCAUAUUACCUGCCAAGAAACAUGGUUUGUUCUGCAGGGUAAGAAAAUGCCUCCGUCCAUCAUGUAUAUCAACAACAAAGCACCGCACACCAGACACCCGGGAAAUAUUUGCAGAAAGCUCCAAUUCACACAAAGCUGAUCAAUCAAUUAAAAAUAAGAAUCAACGUAAAUCACCUUCUCUCAAGAAGCGUAUUCAUCGUUUCUUCAAAAAAUCUAGGACAAGUGUAUCACUAGAAGAAUCUGUUGAAAACAAUGUAGAAAGUACUACUGACUCAGUGACACUAUAA